GUACUCAGACUGGACGAAAACUCUACGACGCGUAAAAGGAGGUCGACCUAUGGUGUUUGCACCUCCCUUGCCAUGCCUUCCACCGCCUGGUGUUCCUGCCGAGAAUCGAACUCACUCCACCUGCUAUUGCUCGGGCUCGAGAGCCAGUCACCACUUGAGUGAAUCCGCCUACUCGGAGGCCCACUACACUCCGACGGUGCCCGGGCACCCCUGCUACCCAACUCGCCCAGACCACCUUCAACAUACGUCAUGCCCCUCGACUCAUGUGUAUGCUUCCACCACUCCUCUUCCACCUUACCCGGAUUCGUCAAAUUCUAGAACGUCUCCGGGCUCUCCGAGUUCAUGUCAGAAAAGGUUGUCUCGUAACUCAGCUGUGUACGAGUCGGCCUCCCUCCAGUACGCCCCCGCCGGGUACUACCUCCCUCCUUCCAUGACUUCCUCCUUCACCUCUACAUCCUCUUCGCACGAAAACCAAGGUGUGGCUGUGAGCUGCGGCAGUGGGAACAGCGUCGAGAGGGCUGUGCAAAGCUCUCUGCCCUCGCUAACAUAUCAAGCUCUCAAAGCCCUCGGGGAAGAUAUAGAGGCCUUCCGACAUCUUCACCAGUUGACUGACGACGACAGCAGCAGCGCAAGGGAAAGCCAAAAGUCGCCCACCGCCUCCACAACCACCACCAGCAGCCACCACCCACCUUCGAGGCGCCCUCCCCUCCCCCUUCCCCUCCGCCGAACGCCCACAAGACCAGCCACAACCACGUUCACCACUCCUCCCACAAGCAUCAGCCGCCCACGUCCUCGACCACCUCCUCCACGACCAACGCCCACAACCACAUGCCGAACGGACCGGUGGCCGGGACUCUCGCUCCCGGGGGCUCGCUCGUGCCUGACGAGAGGAGCGAGGGAGACGGAGAGAACGAGAGGCUCAUGUCCAACGGAAGGGAGGAGGAAGAAGAGGUGGGAGAGUGCUCCGACUGUUCCUGUUCCUGCUCCGAGGCGGAAUCCUCGGUCUAUGCCGAGACGGAGUUCGCCGAGGAGGUGCGAGGGAAUCUGCGGGAGAAAGAACAAGUGACAAGGAGGGAAACAUCGGCCGUUCGGCGACAUCGGCACAAGAGGCGCCCGCCAUCCUCGUACAGCACUGACAGCAAUUAUAUGCAACUUCCUAAUUCGCCUCCGUGUUUAGAUGCUCUGCCUAGUCCACCAUUC